AUGGCAACAAAUCCUGAUGCCGUUUUUGAAACCCUCAUGAAUGGAGUUACCAGCUGGGAUCUUCCCAAAACUUACAUUCCUUGUGAACUCCUUCUUAUUGGGGAGACUGCCUUCCCAGUGAUGGUGAAUGCCAAGGGCCAGGUGCUCAUUGCUGCCUCUUCCUAUGGCCAAGGCCGCCUCGUUGUCGUAUCCCAUGAGAGUUACCUGCUGCAUGCUGACUUGGCCCCAUUUCUUGCAAACGCAGUGAACUGGCUCUGCCCCUCCCCAGGGGCUCCCAUUACAGUGCAUUCUUCCUUGGCAUCACUGGUAAACAUCCUAGGUUAUUCUGGUCUAGAGGCACUGGUUCAGCCUGAGCCUGGAGAGGCUCUGGGUGUUUACUGCACUGAUGCCUACAAUGACAGUUUGACUGAGAAGCUGGUCCAGUUUGUGAAGCGUGGUGGGGGCUUGCUCAUUGGGGGUCAGGCCUGGUAUUGGGCCAGUGAACAUGGCCAUGACAAAGUGCUGUCCAGUUUCCCUGGGAACCAGGUGACAAGUGUGGCUGGCGUGUACUUCACAGAUGUCUGUGGGAGUAGAGACUGGCUCGAUGUCUCUCAAGAGAUACCCAAUCUCACACUUUAUGUCAAGUGUAAGGAUGAACUCAAGUAUGACCAGCAGCAACUCCUGGAAGGGCUGUCUGAGAUAGACAUCGAGACAGGACCGGUCCCUUCCCAGCUGCUGGUACAUGGGCAGCGGGCCUUUCCCUUGGGAGUGGACAAUUCAUUCAAUUGCUUUCUCGCAGCUGCCCGCUAUGGCCGUGGUCGUGUGGUGUUGGGAGGACAUGAGAGUUUGAUGAUUAAUGAAGCAAUGCUGCCGUUUGUGCUCAACGCUUUGCGCUGGCUGAUGGGACAUCAGACAGGCAAGAUUGGGUUGGCUUCAGAAAUGAAAGCUCUGAAGUCUAUGUUACCAAGCAGCAGCUUCCAGUGGACUGAAACAGAACUUCUGACCAGUGAUUUGAGUGUCUUUUGCUGCUGCUCAUUCACUGGCAUAGAUGCCAAGAAAGUCGAAGAAUUUGUUGCAGAAGGCGGAGGCUUGCUAAUUGGUGCAGAGGCCUGGCUAUGGGGCCGCAAGAACCCAGACUCUGAGUGUAUGACUCAGUGCCCAAAUAACACCAUCCUUAAAUGCUUUGGCCUUGGCAUCUUAAGCCAGGUAGUCAAGCGAGGCUCCUUCCCAGUCCCAAAUCCUCAGGUGAUAAACUAUCAUAUCCGUAGAACCCUGGCCCAAUUUGAGUCCAUGACUGACAGCCAGGAGACCAUAAUUCAAGAGAGAUGGCUGGAGAAGCUCGUGAAAGAUUGUUCCUACAUGUUUCAAAUGACACAUCAGAGGAUUUCUGUCUAUGACUCUGUGAAGAAACAUGCCCUGAAAAUCAUCCAAAACAAGGGCUUCCCAAGUGUGACUGAGGAACACCCAGUCUUAAAUGGCAGCUCUCAGGCCUUUCUGCUUUUCCUGGCUUAUGAAUUAUUCAAAUCCGGAGUUGAUGUAUCUCAGCUACUUCCUCCUCCCUCCUUACUACCACCCACGGAAUCUCCCAUGGUUAUUAAAAUCAGCACAGACAACCGCAAUUCCUGGGUGAGCACUGGACUCUACUUGCCUGAAGGUCAGGUUGCACAAAUAACACUUCCCAGUGAAGUCACCAACGCCAAGCUGAAGGUCCUCAUUGGUUGCCACACGGAUAACAUAAGUGAAGCAAAGGCUUACAACCGUCCUCCUGUGAUGACGUUCACACACCACUUAAAUGAAUCCCCGAAGUCCAUCUCCUGGCUGUAUGGGGGGCUUCUCUACAUCGUUGUUCCCCCCAAGUACAAUCAGGAUAAUGUGUCGAUCACCAUCAGUGGGGCUGUGUCUGCUCCAUACUACAGGAUGGGUGAGACGACACAGGAGGAAUGGAAGAAGCUUAUCAAGCACAGCAAAGCUCCCUGGGGAGAACUAGCCACAGACAAUAUUAUCCUGACAGUCCCAACAGGAAACCUCAAGGUUCUUCAGGACCCAUUUCCACUGCUCCAACUCUGGGAUAAGAUGCUCCAGGCUGUAGCCAGACUGGCAGCCACACACUUCCCUUUCCAAAGACCCGAGAGGGUUGUGCUUGAUAAACAGAUUUCACUUGGUUUUCUGCACUCUGGAUACCCCAUCAUGGGCCACACUAGUAUAGCAGAAGGCAUGGUUGACGAGGUCACCAUAAGGUCACAUGGUAUCUGGGGUGUAAUCCAUGAGCUGGGUCACAACCAACAGAAGGGAAGAUGGAGUUUCCUACCUCACACCACUGAAGCCUUGUGUAAUCUCUGGAGUGUUUAUGUGCAUGAGACUGUUCUGAACAUCCACAGGGAUCAGGCCCACCCUUCUCUAAACCCUGAUCUUCGGAAGCAGAGGAUCAAAAACCACCUGGCCAAGGGAGCACCCCUGAGUAACUGGGUUGUCUGGACAGCUCUAGAGACUUAUCUCCAGCUCCAGGAGGGCUUCGGGUGGGAGGCAUUCAUCAAGAUCUUUGCUGACUACCAAUCCCUCUCUAGCUUUCCUCAAAACAACAAAGACAAGAUGAAUCUAUGGGUGAAGAAGUUCUCCGAGGUUGUGCGGAAGAACCUGGUCCCUUUCUUUGAAGCCUGGGGCUGGCCUGUCCAAAAUGAUGUCGCUGAAAGCCUGGCCUAUUUGCCAGAGUGGCAGGAAAACCCUAUGAAAAUGUAUACAGCUGAGGGUACAGAAUGA